UUUGCUUCAAACCCUGACGCAUCUACUCGUACAAAUUUUACGGCGUUUAUCGUACGGAAUUCCGUCUUAUUCUUUUUUUGGUACGUUUCCUCGGCACGGUUGCGCCUCUACUGUCCUCGUACAGGCCAGAAGGGUCGAGGUGGUCGCAAAGGAGGAGGAAAAAGGAUUGGAAAAAGCGGAAAGAAAAAGAAAAAAGAAAAGAAGGGAUAAAAAAGGGAUAAAAAAGGAAAAAGUAAAGGUCGGUCUUCCGAUUUGGCCGCCUUCCAUCAUCAUCGACACGGGAAAUAAGCAUCUCGGUCGCAACGAUCAAUCUGACUCAAACCAAUCUCCAUGAGUUCUCGAUGGAAGCGAAGGAAAAUAACGGCUCAAGAAAAUCCCCAGGGGCAAGCAAUAAGGCAGAACAACGAAGAAGUUCCGCUGAUGGUCGUCGAGGGAUCAACGGCGACGAUAGGGAUACCGAUGCAAGCGGACGAGGGUCUGAGAACUCCAACGCUCCAAAGUUAUACCAUACUUUGACCGCCUGCACACGAUGCAGGAGUCGAAAAACACGCUGUGAUGCAGGCCUACCAAAAUGUGGACCAUGUGAGCGAAGUGGUGCACACUGCGAAUUCUUCGAUUCAACGAAGCAGAAAACGAUCCCAAGAAGUUAUGUCGUCCAUCUGCAAAAUAGGGUCCGAGACUUAGAGGAGCAGAUAAAGGUCAGGGAGGCCCUUUUCCUUGAGUCCGAGGCUCCAAACAGCGAAGAACUUGUCAGGGGAGUCGGCCUGGUAAACUUCGCCGACUACGAGCAUUAUAAGGAACCACGAUAUGUAGGUUCCUCGAGUGGAGUUACUGUAACCCGCUUGGUCCUAGAGGCCACGAAGAAGAACCUAGAUUCUCAGGCUUUUAAGGAUUUGACUUCCCAACAUCGAAAUACUUUUCGACAUGCGCUGCGAACCAACCCAGAUCCAGGUGAUUCACACGCAAAUCUCAGCUCUUUGCCGGCUUCCAGACUCCCCAGCCGUGAGAUCACUGAUAAGCUGGUCGAGCUUUUUUGUGCAAGAGCACUCUAUCAACUCCCCGUACUUCACGAGCCUACGUUUGUCCAAGAUGUAGCCGAUGUGUAUGCCGGCUCGGGGGAUCCCUUCAAAAAUUUCCAACUGAAGAUGGUGCUAGCGAUUAGUAUGCAGAAGCUAUCGAAGCACUAUGCUGGCCUUGCUGAUAGCUAUUUCCUCGCUGGCUUGCAGCAUAUGGAGGACGUCCUGGAGGCUAUGGAUCACAGGACACUCCAGUGCUUGCUUGUAAUGGCACAAUAUGCUCUAGUAACCCCCACUCGCAUGGCGGUCUAUCACAUAGUUGGGAUUGCAGUCCGGCUGUGCAUACAGCUUGGGUAUCAUCAGGAGCGAACAAUCAUGCUCAGUGCCACCCCCCUCGAUCCGGUAACUAAAGAUAUGAGAAGAAGGUGGUUUUGGACGUCUGCCUCUAUGGAAUAUGGGCUUUCCCAUGUACUAGGCCGGCCAUCAGCAUUUGCAACCGCAGACGCCUUUGUGGACGUUGGAUUUUAUGAACCAGUCGAUGAUGUGUACAUAACAGCUGGUGGAAUCCUACCAGGUCCCGUUUCUGUUAAAAAACUGAUAUCCAUGCAUUUCUUCCGUAUGAGGAGGCUACAGGCCGAGAUUCGACAAACAUUAUAUCAAAACCCAAGGGAACACCCGAAAAAUAACAGCGACCCUUGGUUUGCUCAAAUUCAUGCGAAACUUGACAACUGGAGAGCCUCUUGUCCUGUAGAUGAACACGGUGGUACUAUGAAUCCAGACUGGUUUGAUCAUAGAUACCAUCUUAUGAUCAUCUUCACCUAUCGCCCAAGCCCUCAGAUACCCCAACCCUCAGCAGAGGCGGUCUCGCACUGUUAUAACUCCGCCAUAAAGGGAAUUCAUCUCCAAAAGAAAAUGUUUGAAGAAAAGUCAAUCGACUUCACCUGGGUCUACCUUCAUCAGAUCUACACUGCGACUAUCACCCUGAUCUGGACUCUGUACAGCAGCCAGAUUCGUGGAGUGCACCAUCGGGAGGAAGUGGAGCGUAAUCUGGGGAUCAGUCUUUCCUUGUUAGCUAGGCUCGCAGAACGUUGGCCGGGCACAGAAGCAGCGGCAGACCUAUUUGACAGACUAGGUCAGGCGGCCUUGCAGAGCUAUUCCGGGAAUAGUAGACACUCUACUCAAUCACCCUCCACCGGGUCGCAUCACUCCCACGCCGGAUCUCCGCCAGCAACGAGGACUAGUUUCUCCCCCCAUAGCCAUUCCUCCCCAUGCACGUACGAGAGUUCGUCUGGCUCACGCUCGGUGGAAAUGACACCUAGUCCUGGAACAUCUGGAACGGCUACUUCUCAUGGUGCCUCAUAUUCCACUGGGUUUCGUUCUACCGAUUACGAGAAUGAGCAGAACCGUAGUCCCCCAGGCCCAGAGUUGCCCGAAGCCGCAGAUUUGCCAAGCAUAUUCGAUCCGGCCUCAAUGUAUAAUGUGUUUCCAACAAAUGGCAUUCCAGGGUUCCUGGGUGGCUGGGACCCUGCGGACCCUUUUUUUGGUGGCAUAGGUAGUGCACAAAAUAUCGAAGCGUUGGGGGCUAUGAAUGGACAACCUAUCGGUAUCGAUGCUGCAAACGUGCUUAACCAACAGCAGCAACAGAAUGAACUAUUGAAUAUCCUCCAGGACGAAUCCUUACAGCGGUUUGAUGUAACGAGGCAUUGGGUUCCCGAUUACGAGAGUCCGCAAUUUUAUUGACCUCUUGGUCGGGGUUGGCGGUGUUUCUGCUUUUGAUCUCUGCAGUUUUCAUCGAUACCUUCCAUUCUCCUUGUUUCUUUCUCGAACGGGUUGGUGGAAUGGAUGGUGAAAUUGCAAUAUGGCUUAUGGUUUUCCUUAAUUCUCUGGUUAUUAGGCUGUCAGUUUCUAAAAAAUCAUCAAAUUUAUUGAAACGAAA